AUGGGAGUGGCUCUGCUCGUCCUCGCCUACAUCUGCCUUUCAACGGUCACUGCGAUUAGGUUUGAACAGAAUCCCAGCCCACCGCAGUAUGCAAAGCCUGAUCAAUAUGGCUAUCGAAUGUGUGCUUCCUGGCUGCUGGCUGACGGAACUCCAAUCUACAGCGGUUGUGAUCCCUUUAAGACCAAACGUUGUGGCAAGGAAUUGGAAUUCGACUACAGAUGCUGCAGUGGUUUCCAGCACAGUAAUGAACCACUAGGCGGACCCAGCUCUAAUCCCUGUGGUAAACUCAUCCCUCAGUUUGACGACUGCCCAUCGGUGAUCGAAGAACUUGGGUUCAGAAAGUUUGCCUCCUACUUGAAGAAUUACCCUGAAUUGACACAAAGGAGUGGUCAGCCCUACACCAUCUUUGUGCCGCUGCCGGAAGAUGGUGGAGAUUUGGAUCGCAUCUACGGAGGCAACACUCGGACCGUGAGUUACCAUGUGGCCAAGGGUCGUCACUACGCCGACGACCUAAGAACCGGCGUCAAACUCAAGUCUAUAUAUAACGAUGAGGAUAUAGAGAUCUCUCGCACCACCUAUGGGGCAAAGAUCAGUCAGGCAGACAUUGAAUGCAAAUCUGGUCUUAUUCACAUUAUUCGUCGCCCUCUGGUGCCGCGUUCCGGUCUUGGAAACUUGAACAAGAACUCUGUGAUGAGUCUUUUGCAAUCCAAUCCAGAGACCUUUGAAUUUGCCAAUGCUUUACCGCAGGAGUUGCAGCAAGAUUUGAGCAGAGUUGAAGGUGGUCACUUUUACACCGUCACCGCACCCACUUCCGACUCCUGGUCCAGUCUUCGUGGACGAUACAACCGUGAACAACUUGAGGCUAUUGCUGCCAGUCACGUGAGCAAAGGACUCAAGUGUACCUCGAAUAUAAUCAAGGGGCAGCAGACAUUCACCGACAUGCAAGGUCAGCUAAUGAAAGUAGAAUGCAGUGUCAACCCGAGCAACCGGCAGGAGAUACGCAAAAUCACUGAUGCCUGUGGUGAUACGCAUGAAUUUGUCGACAGACAAGCGGAUCUGAUGGCAGCUAAUGGCGUUGUUCAUGUCAUCCGUAGUCCGGUUAUUCCCAUGUCGCAGUUGACGCUGAAGGACUUAAUGGAUCGUCCAGAAUGCGCCAAGUAUCAAAACAUUGACAAGUUCAUCGAUGUGCUUCGUGAAUGCGAUCUUUAUAUGGAUGAUGCGAGCCAGUAUGCAGUAAUUGCACCAGAAAACUCAGCCUUCGAUUGGUGGAGUGGAUACGCACAGUUCAGACCGGAGUACCAACGUUUUCAGGUAGAUAAGGAGUACCGUUGUGAGGUGGCUCGCUACCACAUUGUGAAGCACAAUGGAAACUUGGCAAAUAUUCAAGAUUUUUCGGGACAUACAGAUGGUCAUCGGUCGAAUAAUCGCAACAACUAUCUCUAUGAGACGACGUAUUUUACAAAGGGGAAAAUGGGUUCCACGCUCAACUGGCACUACUCGCCAGUGAACAACCUUCAACCCCUCAAACUGAAAAAUACAUCCAUUUACAAGACCUCGAGAAUUAAUGUCAUGCCGGAGAAGAAUAUCACCAACAUUCUUGAGGAGCGAAAAGACUUCUCUCACACCAACAGCAUCACCAAAAUCGCCGAAAUGGAAGAAUAUGUGUUCAAAAAGAAGGCACCCAAAAAUCUCUACCUCGUCACCACUGACGAGGGAUGGAUUGAUCCGCGUUCGAGGCAGUUAAGCAAAAAAUUGGUCAGUCCCGAGCUGGCUCGUUAUGAAGGUCACGCAACUCUUGCUGAAAAUUUCGCCAAGCUUAACCACGUGCCUUUGUACCUAUGGGGUGGUGACAUAGGCUACUUUGAGAAGAACUCAGUUCACCGAUUUAUGUCUUCUGCGGGUGUCGAACUCAUCUUCUGGAUGGAUGACAAGGGCACCAUGAGGAUCGGGUAUGAUGAAUUGCCAAAAAGUGAAUGGCCCAAAGUGGUUGAAUACAACCUCCCAGGAAGAGACGGAAUAGUCUGGGCUCUGGACGGUUUUCUACGAUGUCCGAACAAACUGUGUGCACUACAACUGGAAGAUAAGGACACCUAUACCUUCUACACUGCUGCUUGUCUCACCUCUGACCUAGAAGGCGAAGUAGACGUGAAGAGGGCCUUCUCCUCAAAACCGACAGAGAUAGCUAAACGGCAUCCGACCCAGUGUUUAGUCAUCAAACAGGGUGAAGUUACCACAGUUAAGGACAUCUUUGAGGACAAUAUGUCAGAGCCCAGUAAUGCAAAGUACGAUGAUGAGACUGCUCGUCUAUCGGCGGCUGGACUUUUGACUGCCAGAAGGCGGAUCGCGUGUCCACCAUGUCCCCAGGGACUUGCACUGCAUCGCAGCCAGGGUGGACGUGCUCUUUAUCCCUCCAUCCCGUCGAUGUCCCAUUUCCCUGUCGCCUACCAGAUGGUCAGCCCUUACGUGAUGUUUGGCGGCUAUUGUGCAGCCGCAUGUUCGUUUUCACUCUCAUCUCUCUCCACGCCCUCGGCUCCCUUCCCUUCUACCCUACUGUACACCACAAAGCAACCCUCCGAAACAAUAGCCAUUGUGCUCAAAAACAUCGAGCUUGAAAACGGCAAAUGUGGCCUUCAACGAUGUGACUAG